ACCAGUGUUCAUUUCAUAUAUAUAAUAUAAAGUUAUUGUUAGACGAUGAAAGCGAUUUGGUUUCUUCCUCUAGCCACUAUUGGCUUAUGCCAACUUCCCGGAGCAUUGCUUCAAGAGGCGAUGAACGACCAGGGUCAGCCUGGCAAUGCCGCAGGAGCUCCCGCUGGUAAUAAUUUGAACGCCGGCGGACAAGAUGGUGCUGCCGCAGAAGCGCCUGAAGACAAUCUUCCUGAACUAGUUGAUGUAGUUCCACCAGCUAUUCCCGAUGAGCCAACUCCUCCGAAUCCUUUGGUGGUUGCACCGGUAGCGGCUAUCCCUGCUCCUCUCACUGCCGUAGCAGCUGUUGCCAACUCUCGUGUUUAUGUCCAUGAGAUUAGCAAAUUCAAGGUUGCCGCUAUAGAGGGCAAUGUUAAUGGCAAGAUAGAGUUGGUGAAGCAUUUGCGCAGUGUCAUUGGCAAUGGUUUUAUUAUGAACGGUGCUGACAAGUGGACUGCUCUUAUUGAGGCUGAGGUUGAGGGAAAGACUGACUAUGACAACGCCUUGGCCACUUACGUGGGUGACGGCAGUGAGGCAAACGGCAGAACUCUCUAUCCUCUCCAAGACACCUACGUCACCAAUCUGUUGAAUAAACAGGCAGAGUACACCAAAUGGGUGAAGCACGUCUUGAAUUUAGGAUAUUCCUGGUCAAAGAAGUCUUUUAAUGAGAUGGUACGUGUUACUUUGCACCAUACCUUUAAGCAAUACGGUGAGAUCUUGAGUGGUUUAUACAAAGUGCUAUCCGCUUCAUGUAAAUCAUUGGCACGCCCCGGUGACGUUGAUGCCAGCCGUACUACGAUCCAUACAGCUUUGACUCAUGCCAUUGAGUACACUGAGUUUACAUCGAAGCCCAUUGGUAGUGUAGCUCAGCUUGUUACUGUAUUUUUGAAACAUUCUUCAAUGAAGAUUGAAUACAAUAAUGCGAUUGCUGCUGCUAAGACCAUCAUUACUGCGAUAAACUUAUUCCUCAAUGCUCAGCCCGCUCCUGAGCGUGUUCUUGCCACUGUUCUUACGGAUUUGGCUGCCGUUGAGGCUUUGAAUGACUUUAUGUCCUUAUUACCAUCUCGUGACCCGUUGGUCCAACUUACGGCCAACAACUGGUUAGAGGAUGGUGCUAGGAUUGGAUACAUUGCAUCUGUUUCAUUCUUGCGCAUUGGCCAGAUGUGCCAGGCUAAUGUCAAUGGUUUGAUGGCCACCGCUGUCAAUGUAAACGUCGAUCAGUUCCCCAAGGCUAUGAACCAUUUAGUUAAGGGUGUGAUUGAGUACAUUGAGAAGGGUACUGACUACAUUGACAAUGUGGCACUUCCGCAGAAUACUACUAACUUUGCUGAGAAAACCACUGCCUACGUUGAGUCUACAAACAGGUUCUUCAUUGAAUACGUCCGUGCCAUUAGGAUGUUGUCUGGUUCAUUGGAGGGUGACGCCAAGGUAGCAGCUGAGGUAAUGACUCUCAAGGCUGACGCUGCGUUGUUAAACAUGGUUGCUACAGCUGCUUUCCGUAUUCUUCGUUUCUAUGGUAACAGGUUACCUCCAACUUCCACUGGUGACAUUAAUCCAAUAUUCACUUCUGCUAUGGCUCGUAUAAGUCAGAAUCUUGAGGUUAGCACCUAUGCGUACAAUUUAUCUCAAGCUGCUUCUGAUGUUGAUUCCAAGGAGCGUUUGAUGACUUUGGUAUCGGUACUCCACACUGCUGUGACUUCUUCUAUUGAGGAGCUCAAGAGCUUUGAGCCUACUGCUCGUACUCUGUACACUCAGCCACCGAGCACUACUGCUCACACUGCAGUGAUCGAAAUGUUGUCCACUGCUCUUGAAGGUUUAGCUCACAAGGUCUUUGUGCCUGAAGGUUCACAGGAUGGCAUUAGCAAUGACCCAUGGACUCCUCAUUCAGGUGGCAAAUCUGGUAUGCACGGUGCUUCUAGUGGUGCCAACAUUGCUUUACCCAGUUCUUUGUUACUAGGGGCUUCUUUAUUGUUAUUGGCAUGAACAUAGCGUUUUCACUGCAACUUAAAGACUUAUAAUCAAGUACUUGCCCCUCUUUUGUGUACUUGUGCAAAAUAUAUAUAUUUAUUAAUCAAUCCACUGUUGCAAAGCAGUAUAACAAGUGGAUUGAUCUAGGAAUAGCCCCCUUGUGAUCAUAGCAACAAUGUU